AUGUCGCUGCAGCCGACCUAUCAGGGCUAUGUCGCGACGACGCAGGAUGCAUUGGUUCUAUUUGAAGCGUGUCUCAACGGCACCCUGCACCACGUCCCUCGCCGGCCUCACGAUCGCGAACGAAGCAGUCUGAUACGAAGCGGCUGUGUUUUCAUUUACGAAGAAAAUGCCUCUGGCAUUAAGAGGUGGACCGAUGGUGUGCCAUGGAGUCCCAGCCGAAUUCUCGGGAAUUUCCUUGUUUACCGCGAACUCCUCAAGCCAUUUCCCCCAGGCGAGAAGAAAAGAGCUACGAAGCGGAGCAAACGUCCCUCCAAACCUGGAGAACCCUAUGCAAGGCCGUCUUUGGAAAGCCCAACCAAUACGUCCGACUCUUGUUCACCAACCCUCCCGACUAACCCUCGCGCAAAACAGGAUGCAAAUUGCGAUAAGGAGACUGAGCGGGCCUUGAUUGGAUCUCUUAUAGACUCUUACGGUUUCAAAGAUGAUGGUCUUGUCAAAAAGACCAUGAGUGUAAAUGUGCAAGGAGUGCACCACCAUCUUGUCUCGUAUUACAAGGUCGAAGAUGUCUUGAACAAUCUGUUAGAGACGCCCACGCAAAGCUCUCUUUUACAGUACAUCAAACCUCGCCCUGAGCUGACGACACGCCAAAACUUCCGCGCGCCACUG